AUGGCAGGGGUUGCCACUGGGAGUGGCAGGGAAAUAAGGUGGGAAGGGGCUGACAUUGGUAGCGCUCGAAGACAAGAUGAGCAACGUGAGAUGGAGAAAAAGUUAUUCGAUGAUGUAAUGCACGGCAAGUGGGAAGAAGUAGCAUAUAUCUACAAGAAUGAAUCUGCCCCGACGAAAAUCAACCCUGCCGGGGACACCAUUCUGCACCUUGCCAUCCUCAUGGGCAAUCAAGAUGGUGUGAUCAAGCUCAUGAAACUCAUGGAGAAGCAGGUCAAAGGAAUAAUGGAGAACAUUCUACAAAUGAAGAAUGAUUGGGGUAACACGCCGCUCCACCAAGCGGCAUUCGUGGGGAUGGAUAAUGUGUGCUCGUUCAUUGCCCAGCACUACCACACGCAGGAGGUGCUGCAGCCCCGCAACAAGCAGGGCGAGACGCCACUGCAUGUGGCGGUGCUCCAAGGCCAUAAGAAGGCCUUCCUCGCACUUGAGCCGGUCAUUGGAACAUGCCGGCGUGGCGUGGAUCGGAAGGAUGGUGGCAACACCAUCCUCCAUAGUGCCAUUUUCAGAGAACAUUUUGGUGAGUGA